AUGUCCAGAACAGGAAGUCAGCACACAGUCGGUACAGAUGUAACCACAGUAGACCUGACUGCACACCAAACAAAGAAGACCCAAGACAAGCACUGCCCAACCAGCAGGGCCUGGAUGCUGAGGGACUGUGAACCGUGCAAGACCACAGCAGUGUCUGCCCACACUGUGCUUCACUUCUACACUUUCAGCACAGUCCGGGGUGCUAGGAAAAUUCAAGUUUUGCAUUUUGGAACUUUCUGGAAUUCUCUUCCUGAACACUUUCAAUCCAAGCUUGGUGGAGCCCAAGAAGUAGAUGCAGCAGCAUGGACGUGGAAUUCCAACUGUAUCAUCUAUCGCUCUGUGUGGGUCAGGAACCUAGGAGCAGCUUUGCUGAACCCUCUGGCUCUAUGUCUCUCAGAGGGCUGCAGGCAACACUUGUCACUUGCUUCUAACCAACGGAAUGUGGCAGAGGUUGUCAAAGGAGGAAAAAAUGUAAUACUUCAUGAGUUUACUUUGAAUCUAGUGUACUCUGGUGCCUAUGAUGAUAGUGCUGAUGAGGAAGAUGAUAGGUUCAGGCCAGAGGUCCUACCUGUACCUUUACCACAGAGGUUGGUUGUAAAUGGAGGAAGAACACAGUUUGAAAUUUAUGAACUACACUUCUCCAUUGUGAAUCAUACACCAUAUACCAAAAACUUGUGUGAGAAGAAAAUAAUAGUUAUACCAUUCGUCCUGCAAAUGAAGGAGGAGGAUGUCCUCACAUUCCUUGCAGGAACUCACUUGGGUAGCACCAGCCUGGAUUUUCAGAUGAAGCAGUAUAUCUAUGAAAGGAAAAAUGAUGGAAUCUACAUCACAAAUCUGAAGUGGACCUGGGAGAAGCUUCUGCUGGCAGUUUGAGCCAUAGUCGCCAUGGAAAACCCUGCUGACGUCAGUGUCAUAGGCUCUAGGAACACCGGCCAGCACACUGUGCUGAAACUUGCCGCUGCCUCUAUAACUACUCCUAUCCCUGGCCACUUCACUAUACUAACGUUUACUAACUGCAUCCAGGCAGCCUUCCGAGAGCCACCUCUUCUGGCGGUUACUGAUCCCAGCCACCAGCCCCUCACCGAGGUGUCUUACAUCAAUCUGCCAAUCAUUGCUCUAUGCAACACAGGUUCUGCUCUGCCCUAUGCAGACAUUGCCAUCCUGUGCAACAAACAGGGAGCUCACUCAAUGGGUCUGAAGUGGUGGAUGCUGGCCCGGGACGUGCUGUGCAUGCGUAACACCAUCUCCUGUGAACCCCCAUGGGAAGUCAUGCCUGAUCUCUACUUCUACAGGGAUCCUGCAGAGGUUGAAAAGGAAGAGCAGGCUGCUGCUGAGAAGGCUGUGACCAAGGAGGCAUUUCAGGGAGAAUGGACCGCACCAGCUCCUGCAUUCACUGCUGCUCAGGCUGAGGCUGCAGACCGGUCUGAAGGCGUGCAGGUGCCCUCUGCGCCUAUUCAGCAGUUCCCUACCGAAGACCGCAGUGCUCAGCCGGCCACAGAAGAUGGUUCUGCAGCCCCCACUGCACAGGCCACUGAGUGGGUGGGAACCACCACCAAGCGGUCUUGA